AUGACUUUUUCAUGGGGGAUGAGAUCAUGGUUCUACAUUUUACUGCUAAUAAUCUCCGUGGAGGCUGACAACGACGUAGCUUACGAUCAGUUGCCUAUCGCCUUGCCAGGCUGCUUGUACCGAUGCGGUGAAGUGGAGAUUCCCUACCCAUUUGGGCUCACUCCUGAAUGCUCUCUCAAUGACGCAUUUCUUGUCACUUGCAAUGACUCCUUUAAUCCCAACAAGCCCUUCGUCCGCCAUGUUCCGAUCACGAGUAUUUCGGUCGAUGAUGGGGAGUUGGGUAUUAAAAGUCCUGUGGCCAACUAUUGUUUUGAUGGCAAUGGGAACGUCUCUGGAAAAAACGAAACGUUUCUCGAAUCCAACCAGUUCACCAUCUCGACGAAGAACAUCAUCACUGUCAUCGGUUGUAGUACUAUCUCGACGAUCAGCGGCACUUUCCAGGGAAACGAGAAUUACUUAACAGCAUGUGCGUCAUUCUGUAGUAGCUACCGUAAUAUGCCGAAUGGGUCGUGCUCCGGCGUCGGGUGUUGCCAAGUGACAAUUCCCGGCGGAUUGAAUCAAAUGCAUGUAACGGUCACAGGGGGUGACAUAACGAACGGAUCGGAUAUAUAUUCAUGUGGAUAUGGCUUCGUGGUGGAAGAGAGUGAGUUUAAGUUUUCAUCGGCUUAUGUUCCCCACUACCCGAACGCCACCGUGUCGACGGUGUUGGACUGGUCCGUUGGCAACGAGUCCUGUUUGGAGGCUAUAGAUAGCCAAAGCUAUGUCUGUCAAGGAAAUAGCAGUUGCCUAAACCGAGACCUUAUGGAGGGUUACCGCUGCAAGUGCUUGGAUGGGUUCAUUGGGAAUCCAUAUUUGCCACACAUUGGGUGCCAAGACAAAAAUGAAUGUGAUGAUCCUAAUGAGAAUGAGUGUACAAAUACGUGUACAAAUACAGUAGGAAGUUAUGAAUGUAAAUGCCCACAUGGAUACUCCGGCGAUGGGAGAAAGAACGGCAUUGGUUGUGUUCGCCGCCGCCGCCAUCCUCAUGUUCUUAUACUAUAUUUUGGGGUGGUGGUGGGUAUAAUGGGGCUAAUGGUAAGCUGCUCUUGGUUAUAUAUCGGCUUCAAGAGAUGGAAGCUCAUCAAACUCAAAGCAAAAUUCUUCCGAAGAAAUGGAGGAUUAAUGUUAGAGCAACAACUUCCCAUCCGAGACGAAGCUGCACAAACCGCUAAAAUUUUCACUGCAGAGGAAUUACAAAAAGCCACUAACAACUACUCCGACGACCGGAUCGUCGGCAAAGGCGGAUUCGGAACUGUCUACAAAGGCAUCCUCCCUAACGGCGCCGCCGUUGCCAUCAAGAAGUCUAAGAUCGUCGAUAAAACCCAGACCAAACAGUUCGUUAACGAAGUCAUUGUUCUCUCCCAAAUCAAUCACCGCAAUACAGUCAAACUCUUAGGCUGUUGCUUGGAAGAAGAAGUUCCUCUUCUCGUCUACGAAUUCGUCUCCAACGGAACCCUAUUCGAUCACAUUCACAAGAGAAAAUCUCAACGCUCCAUUCCUUGGAAGACCCGCCUCAAAAUCGCUUCCGAAACCGCCGGAGUUCUCUCCUAUCUUCACUCCUCUGCCUCAAUUCCCAUCAUUCACAGGGAUGUCAAGUCCACCAACAUUCUCCUCGACGAGAAUUUUACCGCCAAGGUCUCCGACUUCGGAGCUUCGAAGCUCGUCCCGUUAGAUCAGGUGGAUUUGAACACGAUUGUGCAAGGAACUCUCGGAUACCUAGAUCCAGAGUAUUUGCAAACCAGUCAACUGACGGAGAAGAGCGACGUGUACAGCUUUGGCGUGGUUCUGGCGGAAUUGAUGACUGGAAAAGCUCCUCUGUCCUUCAGCCGAUCGGAGGAAGAACGGAAUCUAUCGAUGCAUUUUCUAAUCGCUAUGAAGCAGAAUCGUCUUGGAGAAAUUCUUGAUAAAGGUUUAGGCAGCGAUGUGGAUGAGGAACAAGUGAAGGAAGUUGCGAGCCUUGCAAAGCGGUGUUUGAGGGUGAAGGGAGAAGAAAGGCCGAGUAUGAAGGAAGUUGGUGCAGAGCUUGAAGGAUUGUGUCAAAUGGCGUGGGGUCAUCCAUGGAUUGUUGAUGAUAAAUCUUCAUCUGUUGAAGAAGAAGCAGAGGUUUUGGUCAUUGAAGAACAUAAAAAGGAAAUUCCAUUUGAUAGUUUUCUCUUCCCCAUUAACCAAAUGAUACCAAAACAACAUCCUGCCAGGUAAAUUUGUGUUUUUUGGUUUUACAAUCCUAUUUUUUCCCAUCUUCCUUCAAUUCAAUGUUCAAAUGUAUUAGGAUUUUAAUUACUCACAAUCGUGUACAAAUUUUAGCUUUAAAUUAUAAAGUUUUAGUCUCUCCCUACCAAAUUUGGAAUA